AUGUCGAGAGUCUCGUCGGCUGAGCCCAGCAUAGCCGACAGGGCGAGAAGUAGAAGUCAAACCGUACGCGUACGGUCUGCGCCAGGUGGCCGGCCUAGCAAGCGGAUUAUUCUGUGCGAAGAUGGAUCUUGGCUAAACUCGGAUAGCGGCAGCCUCAAAGCAUCCAUAUCCAUACCCAGCAAUGUGACACGCAUUUCUCGUGCCAUCAAACCCGUCAGCUCAGACGGCAUCCCGCAAAUCGUUAACUACCACUGGGGUGUCGGCGGCGGUGGUGGUCUUGGCAACAAACUCCUUGGCAUCGCUGGAACGGGCCUGGAGGAGAUCGUUCGCGAAGGCUACAACUUCAUCGCCACCAACUACGUCCCGGGUGAUGAGAUCUUCAUCUUCGGCUUCAGUAGAGGUGCCUUCAGCGCGCGGAGUAUAGCGGGCUUGAUUGGCGACAUUGGAGUCUUGACGAACGAAGGCCAGCCGUAUCUUGCGGAGAUCUAUCGAGAUGUCAAACACCAACACGAUGAGAACUACGUCCCCAAGAACCCGAACAUUCCUUUCCCGGACAAGCCCAGCGCACUAGAUCCCAGAUACAGACGAGAGCUCCAGCGGCUGGGGAUGAUUCGACUAAACGUCCCGAUCAAAGUCGUCGGAGUAUGGGAUACCGUGGGGGCACUAGGCGCGCCCAAAAUCGGCUGGCUCACCAGAAUCGGCAUCCAAUCACAACAAAUGAAAGACCUCUCCUUCUACGACACCUCACUAUCCGACAACAUAGAACACGCUUUCCAAGCCCUCGCCCUCGACGAGCGACGCUUCGCAUUCCCACCCACAUUAUGGGAGAAAUUCGAAGGCAACCCCACCGUCCUCCGCCAAGUCUGGUUUCCAGGGGCGCACUCCAACGUCGGGGGAGGAUAUGAUGAUCAACAGGUCGCCACGAUAAGUCUUGCGUGGAUGAUGGCCCAGUGCCAGCCCUUCCUCGACUUUGAUCUAGACUAUAUCCACGACGAAUGGGAGUCGGUCGAAAUCUUCUACGAAAAAUCGAAUCAAAAGCCGCGGCCCUGGUCGUUUGGGGAGAUCUUCAGCGGUUUGCAGGGAGUGUAUGCAGUGGGAGGAUCGAAAGUGCGGACACCAGGACGGUACUGUGCGACGGAUCCGACGAAUGGACGGCCGACGUCUGAUCCCCUGAUGGAUACGCAUGAGUACAUCCACCCCUGCGUGCGCUCCCGCCUAAAACUCCACGGCCCCGGCCUGGAAGACCGCGGCGACUACGACUGCAAAGCGCUCCGCGACUGGAAACUCGUCGUCGAGUCCGAAGAAGGCGCCAAGCGACCGACGGUGUACUGGAAAGCGCGAGAUAGACCCCCGGAGGGCUUCGUGAAGGUGUUGCCCGAAGCGCCGCUGUGGGCGUUGGAGCUCGAAUUGUUGCAUUAUGAUGCCGAGACGGAGGCGUAUGUCACCAGGCCUUCGGGUGUGCGGCAGCGGAGGAGCCAGAAGAGGGCGAGGAGUCGAAGGAGUCCGACUAUGUCGAGGUCGCCUGCUUAG